AUGGCUCCUGCAGCGACUGCCCCUUACGACUGGAUCCUUGCGAUCACAACCAUCGCGUUUGUCGGCGCAUCUGCUGGUAACGGCGCCAACGAUGUCGCCAACUCUUACGCCACAUCUGUGGCUGCACGAACCUUGACUAUGUUACAAGUCGGUUUCCUCGCUACCAUUACGGAGUUCAUAGGGGCUGUUGCACUUGGAGCUCGAGUUACAUCCACCAUCAAGAACGGCAUCAUCAGUAUCGGGAGGUUCCAAGGACGUCCUGGUGUACUUAUGUUGGCCAUGGGAUGUGCUGAAGUCGGCAAUGCAACAUGGCUAUUGACUGCCACAGGUCUCGGAUUUCCUGUCUCGACUACGCAAACUGUUGUCGGCUCUCUGAUUGGUGUAGGCUUUGCCACUCAAUCAAGUAUCAAAUGGAGUUGGCAAAGUGGUUCUGUGUCUCAAGUUGCAGCAUCAUGGGGUAUCGCACCCUUGAUUGCUGCUGCUUUCUCUGCGCUUCUUUUUGGGGUCCUGAAAUACUCUGUCCUUGAACGCAAGGAUUCAUUCAAGUGGGCCAUGCGACUCAUCCCAUUUUACCUGGCUUUCACUGCUGCUAUUUUGGCACUCUUCCUUGUCAUCGAAAUCCCUAACGCACCUACUCUUGAGGAGUUUGGUGUCGGAAAGAUCAUUGGUAUUAUACUCGGUGUCUUCUUUGGCGUCCUGGCUAUCGGAUACAUCUUCUUCAUCCCCUUCUUCGAGCGAAAGCUCAUAAAGAAGGAUCCUCGUAUUAGGAUCUGGCAUCUACCUUUAGGGCCACUCCUUCGAAAAGAGAACCCUCCUCUUUACUGGCCAGGCAAGGGCGAUGUUUAUGUCACGAACUACUACGAGGACGCGUACGGCAAUGUCAGCGCUGGUACGAACGCUCGUCAUCAUGCCGAUGUGCAAACCACCAUCGACAACGGUGUUCGAACAGAUUCACCAUCAAAUGGAUCAGAUUCAGACUCUACCAAUGUCCACAAACGAAAGUCAGAUAUGCCGUCUGCUCCCGAUGCUGCCACUAUGGAGAAAGAAGGCUACCCUGCAGCCAACGUCAACAACCAGAAAGCAACACCAAACCUCCUGAAGCGUAAACGCCCAGAACCCUAUGAGCGCUGGAUCGUACCCGUCAAGUCACUCUCCUGGGCCAGCCCCAAGAAGUGGUGGAAUUGGUUCAAGUUCCUUCUACUCCAAGGCGUUUCGCGAGAUGUCAUCAGCCAUGACUCUGAGCUCCUCCGCGCCAUCCACGCUCGAGCCAACCGAUACGACGUUCGAGUUGAGCAUCUCUGGACCUACUGCCAAGUUGUCUCCGCCAUGAUGAUGUCCAUCGCUCACGGUUCCAACGAUGUCGCAAAUGCAGUUGGUCCAUGGGCUGCAGUCUACGAGACAUAUCGAUCUGGAUACGUCAAUACUCGAUCGCGAACUCCAGUCUGGUUCCUCGUCGUUGCUGGUCUGCUCCUUGGUCUCGGAUUUUGGUUCUAUGGUUAUCACAUCAUGAGAGCUCUUGGUAACAAGAUCACACAGAUGUCGCCUACUCGUGGUUUCUCGAUUGAGCUUGGUGCUGCCAUUACUGUUUUGCUCGCUUCGCGAUUGGGUCUACCUGUGUCGACCACUCAGUGUCUGGUCGGAGCGUCGAUGGGAGUGGCGCUCAUGAAUUAUGACGUUGGAGCAGUCAAUUGGCGCCAGCUUGCUUUUAUCUUCCUGGGUUGGGUGCUUACACUUCCCUGCGCCGCACUCAUUUCAGGGCUCUUGGCACUAAUGGCUCUCAAUGCCCCCCACUUCUAA